AUGAAGGAACUGCUGAGCAUCAUGACAGAAUUGCGUGGUGGUCUCUGCGAAAUUAUUGAUGAAACCGUCAUCGAGAUGGCCGAACGGUACCGUAUUAUUCGCCAGUACGGAGACCAAGAUUUUCUGUCACAAAUCACAGAGUCCGAGUGGAUUUCACCCAUCACGCUGAGACGUCGUUGGAAUGCCAUUAUGCAGAAGUCCUACCAAUUGGCCGAAAAUGUUGCCCCCAUGAAGGCACAGUUUGCUGUUGGUAUCGUGGAUGUGGUGAAGGACUUUAGGAAACGAGUGAUUGCGUUCUGUGACAAAUACAAAAAAGCCGGCCCCGGUGGAGAGGCCAACGAUUUGGAUAGGGGCGUUACAAGCCUAUCUGCAUUCAUCAAGGAAAGUGAAGCACUGGAGGUUGAGAGGCUGGACCUGCUUAGCAGCGAAAGACUUCUAGAUCUACCGAUCUCCUCCUACCCAGAACUCAAGGAGAUUCGCCUAGAACUGCUCAAGUUGAAACCCAUCUACGAACUGUACUCGAGGCAGAAGACAUCGCGCCAAGACUGGUCUCUCAUUCUGUGGAGAGAUGUUAAAAUCGGCGAGAUCAUGGAGGGCAUGGUGGGCUUCCUGGAGGAAUUCAAGAACAACCCGAGGAAGGUUCGAACGCUACCGUGUGCAAGGAAGCUCUUUACGGAAAUGCGAAACUUCCAGGAGUCGCUGCAACUCAUUGUAUACCUCAAAGACGAGGCCCUGCGUGACAGACAUUGGAAACAACUGAUGGAAAAGACUGGUAUCAGCUUCGACAUUGACCCACUGACCUUCACAUUGGAGGGUGUUUUCGCAAUGCAACUGCAUCAGUACUCCGACGUGAUUUCCCUCAUUGUGGCUAAUGCCCAGAGAGAAUUGGUGAUAGAGAAGGACAUUAAGAACACCUGGAACGAGCUGAAGUUCACUUUCAACCUCUACACCAAAUGCAAGGGCGAUCCAUGUCCAACGCUAGGCAAUCUGGAGGAGCCGACCAAGCUACUGGAAGACAAUAUGAUGAAUCUGCAAUCUGUGGGCAGCAGUCGAAAUGCCGCACCCUUCAUUAACAUUAUGUGGGUCAUUGUUCAACAGAAAUGGAUGUACCUUGAGGCGAUCUUCAUGGGAGGCGACAUUGCAAAUCAACUGCCGCAGGAGGCCAAACGAUUUGAGGCCCUGGAUAAGAAUUUUCGUAAGGUAAGCACACAUUCAGAGUUCAGGCAAAGACCGAGUUACUGA